AUGCAAAGUAUUUUGACAGCAUGUUUUGAACCAGAUACUAAGAAACCACAAGACUGGUUUAGGAACCAAAGCACUAUUGAACUAUUAAAUGAAGCUGAAAAUUCGACUACGGAUUUUUCCGUAGUCGCAAAAACUCGAGUAAGUAAAAAACCCCAGUCGCCAAAACUCUAUGAAAAUCGUGAAAAAUUGCCAAACGGUUUGAGAGGAUAUUAUGUACAUAGACUUCUUGUAAAUGCUGUUGCAAUGUGGGCUUCAACUCGUUAUGCUUGGUAUAUUUACAGACUUCUUGACGAAAUUCAUAGACAAGAACGUGAAGAGCUAGAGAACAAGCUUGAAGCAAAAGACAAAAACAUACAGAAAAGAAUACCACGUUCGGUACCAAAAGGAAAGGAAAAGAACUAUAAGUAUAUGAUUUAUACUGAAGAGAUGGAAAAUGAAGAAGACAGAGAUAUGGUUAUGUUGCAUUUAGUCAGAAGAAACAACAAAAGCUUUUACGACCUUGCUAAGAUUUACAAAUCUGACAGAAAUUGGUUCUAUCGCGAAAACUUACCGAUUUCAAUGACACCGAAUGAAGAUGUUAAACAGAUAGUUCAAGAUACGUUACCUCAAACACACUAUGAUAUGAAAGGUUGUACAAUACUUACAUUCAAAGAAGAUUUGCCGCUACUGAAAGAAAAAAUAACAGAGUAUUUUGACAACUUCAAACAAGCAGAGUAG